AUGUUACAGAAAAUACAACGGCCGCCGUCUCGCACAGUGGACAAGGCGAAAAUCUCAAGACCGCCUUCGUUAUCCGGAACAAUUAAGGAUGUCAAACCGAAAGAUAAGCCAGAAACUGUGAACCAGCCCCGGAUCUCAGUGAUAAGGACGGGAGCACUGGUGGUGGACAUUGGCUCGGGCAGUUGUAAAGUGGGCUACGCCGGCGACCCAAUGCCACAGUCACUGGUUGGGUCCGUGGUGGGCUACCCGAGAGGGAGGAGUAAGCGGAACAGCAUCACUGUGGGCAGAACGGUCUCGACCGAGCCUGACCUCAAACUGAUCCGGCCAACUCGGCAAGGAGUCAUCGUGGACUGGACCGCGGCGGAAGAUCUCCUCCGCCACGUGUUCUAUGAGGAUCUGAAGGUGUCUCCGGAGGAACACGCCAUCCUGAUCUCAGACCCUCCCCUCAGCCCCACCACCAACAGGGAGAAGAUCGCCGAGCUGUUGUUCGAGCGCUUCAAUGUCCCCGCCAUGCACGUCUCUUACCAGUCGGUGCUGGCCGUCUAUUCUUACGGUAAAACCAGCGGGCUGGUGGUCGACUCUGGGGACGGCGUGACCCACUCUGUCCCCGUCCAUGAGGGCUACAACAUGCCCGAUGCCAUCAGUCGAAUCGACCUGGGGGGGCACGACCUCACCACUUACCUGAUCAAGCUGCUGAGUGAGGCUGGCAACGCGUUUCAUGAGAAAGGCAGGUACAUUGUCGAAGACAUCAAGCAGAAAUGCUGCUAUGUGGCUUUGGAUCAGGACAAACAGACCAACCUGUCUGAACAAGAGUACCUUGUGGACUAUGAGCUCCCUGAUGGUCAUGUCAUUACCAUUGGCAAGGAGAGAAUGAAAUGUCCAGAAGCUCUCUUCAAGCCAUCGGUCAUGGGGUCAAACCAAGAAGGUAUCCACGUGAUGACCAUCAAUAGUUUGAAGAAAACUCAACCCCAGGUUCAGCAAAUCAUGUAUGACAACGUCCUGCUGUGCGGAGGCUCGACCAUGUUCGAGGGCUUUUAUUCGCGGUUUUGUCGAGAGAUAUUUGCAAUGGUUUCCAAAGACACCAAGACCAAUGUGCACGCUGUCCCAGAGAGGAGAUACGGCGUCUGGAUCGGCGGCUCCAUCUUGGCCUCUCUCCACGCCUUCCAGUCCUUGUGGCUUCGCCAAGAAGAUUAUAAAGAACGAGGCCCAUUCAUUGUGCAUCGUCGCUGCUACUGA